AUUAUCAAAUAUAUCAAUCAUAAAGGAGAAAAAAACCUUUUUUUUAUUAGUUUUUGUUUUUCUCUCCUCCUCCUCCAUCAUAAAUCUAGGGCUUUCCAAGAAUCUGUAAUUACAUACCCUCUUCCCAAAAAAGUUGCUAUUUUAUCUCUCUCUCUCUCUCCACUCUCAUAUAUACACAAAGAGAACACAUCAAUCCAAAGAGGAACCUUUGGAUAAGGAAUAAAUUAGAAGUAAAGGAUGGUGAGGGGCAAAACGGAGAUGAAGAGGAUAGAGAACGCAACGAGCAGGCAAGUGACGUUUUCCAAGAGAAGAAAUGGACUUCUGAAGAAAGCCUUCGAAUUGUCGGUCCUUUGUGAUGCUGAAGUUGCUUUGGUCAUCUUCUCUCCAAGAUCCAAACUCUAUGAGUUCUCUAGCUCUAGUAUAGCAAAAACAAUAGAACGAUAUCAGAGACGAAUAAAAGAAAUUGGGAUUAACCAUAGGGGAGAUGCUAAUUCUCAGCAAGCGAGAUACGAAACACAGGGCCUGACAAAAAAGAUCGAACAGCUAGAGAUAUCUAAACGAAAAUUGCUUGGGGAAGGCAUUGAUAAAUGUUCUAUCGAGGAGCUGCAACAGUUAGAGAAUCAGUUGGAGCGAAGCUUGACCAGGAUAAGAGCCAAGAAGUACCAAUUACUCCGUGAACAAAUUGAGAAGUUGAAGGAAGAGGAGAGGAAACUCGUCAAGGAAAAUAAAGAACUGAAGGAGAAGUGGCUUGGAAUGGGAGCAACAGUAGCAUCAUCACAGUCAACGUUAUCAUCAUCAGAAGUGAACAUAGAUGACAAUGACAAUAUGGAAGUGGAGACUGGUUUGUUCAUUGGACCUCCUGAGACAAGACAAUCCAAGAAAACCUCUCCUCAAUACUAAUCUCACAACUUCAAAACGAAUGUAUCAACAACCAUCAACUUUUUUUCAUUGUAUCAUAUUUUCGUCCAAAACUCUAUGAUAUUCUAUAAAUUCUAAACAUAGUGUAUUAAUUUGUUCUUAAACAAGGAAGCUAAACUUGUUUGUUCUAAAA